CACAUUUGGCAUUCUAUUUUGUGUUAUUUGUAAUUCGUUUCGUAUGAUUGAGUCGUCUCUUCGUUCUUUGGGUGCCAAAGUUGUUGUGGCUUCUUCCAACGAUGAGGAUCACCCGACGGAAAAUAUUAUUGACGGAAACACGAACACGUUUUGGAUGUCCACGGGAAUGUUUCCUCAAGAGUUCAUCAUUCGCUUUGCUGAUAUGACGAACGUUUCUUCCGUGACAUUGGACAGCUACAACGUCAAGCAUCUAAAAGUAGAAAAGAACACAUCACAAAAUGCGUCUCACUUUGAGUUUGUUGCAGAGAAAGAAUUGAAACAAACAGAGGGGCAUCUUCAGUCAAAUUCUAUUUCACUAAAUGGAACCACUGCAACUCACCUUCGUUUUAUCAUCACCUCGGGAUACGAUCACUUCGUGUCAGUGCACAGUGUCCGUGUGCAUAAAUGACACUUUCACUUUUAUGUCGGCGUUGUCACACACAAUCACUUAAAAUCGCAAGAUGUGACUUGACAUAUACAGUGGAUAUUAAAGUCUGCACUCUCCUGUUCAAAUGCCAGCUUUUUGUGAUACACCAAAUGAGACUAAGAUAAAUCUUCACACACACACAAAAACAAAUCCACAUUGUGACCUAUAAUCCUGUACAACUCAAUUGAAUUUCUUUGUACUCUUUUGGUGAGGAAAUAUAAAACUUGUACAACAUGUAA